GGGAGCGGAGGGCCCCGCGUGCCGCUCCCGGCACCGCCUCCGGCGACAUGGGCGUCCAGGGCCUGACGGGAUUCGUGGAGGAGCGCGGCGUGUUCUUCACCGAGCUGCGGGUGCGGGACACCAAGCUGGUCAUCGACGGCAGCAGCCUCUACCACCGCCUCUGCUUCGCCCCCGCCGCCGACUUCCGGCGCGGCGGCGACUACGGCGCCUUCGCCGCGGCCGUGCGCGCCUUCUUCGGCACCCUGCGGUCCUGCCGCGUGGCCCCGUUCGUGGUGCUGGACGGCGGGCGCGGCGCCGAGGACAGGAAGCUGCCCACGCUGCGGGGCCGCGCCGCCGAGCAGCUGCGGGCGGCGCACGGGCUGUCCCGCGGGGCCGGCGGCUGCCUGGCGCCGCUGCUCACCCGCGAAGCCUUCGUGCAGGCGCUGGGCCGGCUCGGCGUGCCCUUCGUGCAGUGCUUCGCCGAGGCCGACCGGGAGAUCGCCGCGCUGGCCAACAGCUGGGGCUGCCCCGUCCUCUCCCUCGACAGCGACUUCUGCGUCUUCGACCUGGCGGGCGGGUACUGCCCGCUGUCCCACUUCCAGUGGGAGAGCGUGCGCGCCGCGGACGGGCCGCAGGGAUGCUACGUGCCCGCGCGCUGCUUCUCGGCGGAGCGGUUCUGCAGGCACUUCGGCCGCCUGAACAAGAGCCUGCUCCCGCUCUUCGCCGUCAUGAACGGGAACGACUACGUGGGCCUGGCAGCUCUGGAGGCGUUCUUCAGCAAGGUGCGCCUGCCCAGGGGCUGCGCGGCGGGGAAGGGCGGGAGGCAUCUCCGCCUCCAGGGGCUCCUGAACUGGCUGGCGCAGUUCGCGGAGCCCACCGAGGCCGUCGAGAAUGUGCUGAAGUACCUUAAGAAACAUCAGAGGGAAGAAAUAAGGGAGCUUCUGUGCACUUCAAUGGAGGAUUACGCUCCGUCUGCUGUGAAUCUUGAGGACUUCUUUCAGAAUGGAAGGUAUGAAUGCGAAGCUGCCAGGAAAGCAGACGUACCACAGUGGGUACUUGAUGCUUUGGCAAAAGGUAAGCUGGCCCCAUUCAUCAUCAAUGCCCUGAUACUAAGAAGUACCAUCCUCCGCGUUCAGGUGGAGAACAUGCAGAGACCGAGCGCUCAUAGCGCAUCUUUGCCCAUCCGACAAGUUAUCUAUGGACUGCUCCUGAGGGUAUCUCAAAAUACUGAAGCUGCUUCUCCAGAUAAGCAGACCCACGAGCUGCCCGUUGUAUGUGAAUUUGACAGAUGCCAAAAGACAAUUAAAAAAACAUUUGUUCAAGCAGCAAGCCCACCCACAGAUUUUUGUGAUGAUCGUUUUCCUUUGGACAAGUUAAUGGAGAUGUCCACGUCAUGCCGUCAGAUGCUUUUGCUGGAGACUCUAGGAGUGAAAAUGAGCUUCCUAGAAUCUAUCCCAAGUCACUUACAGCUCCCUGUUGCUGUAACAUGUUACUGGAUACGUUGUUCAGAACCAAAAGUUAAGUUGCAUCAAUUAAAGGCUCUACUUCUAACAAUAGUCUCUGGAGAACUGCACAGGAUAAACGAUGAUCCAGUUUUACGUGCUGAAGACGACAGUAUUGUGUAUAACGAAUUUUUAAAAUGGAAGGAAAAGAAAUUGCAAAAUAACGACUUUGAUUUAGAUGCUGCACACAGUUUUUGCCAGUGGCAGUGCUGUCUUCAGAUGGGAUUGUAUCUCAACCAGCUACUUCGCACUCCUCUCUCUGAGCCAGACCUAAGUAGGCUUUACACUGGGACCCUUGUGCACAGACUGUAUCAAGAGCUGAAAUCAACACCUUCAGUGGAAAAUCUGUUUAUUUUAUCUCAAAAAAUGACUCAGCUUUAUCUGCUUUUGUUAAAUACAGUGGAGGCAACUGUAUCUCCAGAAUUCUUUCAGAAAACGACCAAGACUAGAUCAGACUCCUGUAAAAAGAAGAAAGCAUCUAAUAAGAAAAGAACAGCCAAGUGUGCAACACCAGAAAAUCUGCAUUUUUGCAGUGCUAAUAGGUUUGCAUCAUUGGAAGUGGAUGACUGAAAGCAUUAUUCCUGGAACAAAUUCUAAUGCCAUACCGAUGAAAGAAAUUACAUUAGAAUAUAUGACCAUACUGGAAUUUUCUCUGCUGUUUUCACACAAGAUUCUGAUUCAAUCUUUACCAAAAAUCUUGCUUCAGGGGAUGUUUUUAUUCACCUUUUGUAACUUACAUUCAUAUAAAAGAGAUGCUGUAUAAAAACUGUGGUUUGUUUUUCUUUAAAGUCUAAUUGAAAAUGAGAGCAAAGUUGUUCAGCAUUUCAGAGUUAUUCAGAGCUAUCUAUAUUCAGACUAUUUCUGAAGAAUUCUUUUCCUGCACAUUUAUAGUUGUCUCUGCUCUGAACACUUCUCCUUUCCAAAAAAUUGAAAAAUUUGUGUUUGAGGAACAGAGUGAUUACAGUCUUACAGAUGAGAUUGAAAUGGAAAUUGCCAAGUUCAAAAAUAUUGUAAAAAUCAGUCUUUACAGGUAGAGUACUUGUACUCUGAGGGAGAGCUAGCUCUACUUGGUGACAACUGAGUAGCACAGGUACUGACUAUACUCGGGGAUAAACUUCAGCUUCUGUUCCUCCCCCUUCCCCUGUGACAUGGUUAAACAGAGUUACAUGCAGCACAAAGCUGUCACAUGACAGCAAGUUUCUGAAGGUUUGCUAAUUCGAAGUAAUUGUCACAGUCAUUGUGUACAAUCUUCCGCCAUUAACAAACUGUUGUUGCUCUUCUUUCUAUAAUGCCUAUACUAAAACAGCAGACUCCUUUUUACUCCCCUGAUGUACAUAAUUACUUCACAAACCCUUGCUAUCAACAUGGUAAUACUGAAAAACAAUUUAUAAUAAAAAAGCAAAAUCCUACAUCAUAGGUAUUUCCCAGUGCUUUGCAUUAGCAAACUUUUCAGCAUAUUUAAUAUCGAUUUACAUAAAUGCUUUUCUUACAAAACUAUUGGUUUUCCAGUGUCUUCCCAAUGUAAAUUCUAAUUACUACAUUUCUGGCUUUUUUCUUCUCAAGAAUCCACAUACCUUUUCUUACAUUUCCACCUUUCAUGGUUAAAGUUUUCCCAUU